AUGCUCCUCAACACAACACUAGACGAUACCUCACCUCUCAUCAAAUACACAAACCCGCCGUAUCAGCCUCCUGGAUCCUUCUUGUGGGGGUCGAGUACUUCUGGCGACGUCUGCAAGGAUUUGUAUUUUAACUCCAGCUUCACUGGUACCGAUGUCAACCAAGCGACGAUGUCGUUAACCUUCAGCGGUACUGGCAUCUGGAUCUAUGGUGCUAACAGAAUUAAUCACGGAAAUUUUUCCGUCUCCAUUGACGCUCAGGAUUUUGGCCCGUUCUCUGGUUAUGCGAACGACAACUCGUGUGCCAACUUGUCGGAUUUCAAGGUGCUACUGUUUGGGCAAACAGGCCUGUCUAUGGGUGCCCAUAACGUCAUAUUGACCAAUAUCCCGAUCAAUACAACUUGCAACUGGGUAGACGUGGAUUUCAUUCAAUUUGAGACACAGAUUGGGGACGCAGGCGCCCAAGCUCAGACCAGCACGAUAGACGAUUCCUCCGGCCAAUUCAAUUACAGUUCUGGUUGGAGUACAUCGAUAUCCACAGGGCAAACAUCGUAUUACGAUGGGACAGUACAUGAAGCCAUCAACGCUCAAGCCAGCGUCGUAAUUACCUUCGAAGGGCAGGCCAUCUCAUUAUUCGGAGGAGUGGAUACGUCGUACGGCACAUUUGAAGCUGUGAUGGACUCUGAACCACAAAUCUCCUUGGACGCACAGUCGUAUGGCUUCUACCCCCAAACACUCUUGUACCACGCGAAUUCUUUGGGCGAGGGAGUUCACAGAUUGACACUGUCCAAUGGCGCGUCGUCCUUCGACGUGGAUUACGCGACUAUUUGGAGCACUGGGACCGCAUCGGAUACCACAGAUGGACCUGGACCACCUGGAUCUAACAACACGCCAAUUGGAGCAAUUGUUGGUGGGGUCGUGGGAGGUGUAAUAUUCAUAGCGCUUGUCGUAGCGUUGCUGAAAUACUGGCAAUAUCGACGCCGAAAAGAAGAAAGGGUGGAGGCCGACAUAUUCUUCGACAGCAUUCCACGCCCGAUGAUAUCGAUCCCUGUUCAGCAUACGUCCUCCCCCGUGGGGUUACAUCCCUCUCAGCAGGACCAACACUCCCCACAACCUCCUCCUCAACCCAAUGGACCUCUUUCCCCGAUUCAAGAACCGCCCAAUCAUCACGGGGAGUUACAAGUCCUACAACACCUCAAACACAACCGUCCGUCCGGCGGGAUUCCGAUGCGCGGCACCCCUCGGGCUAUCACAACGAAGAACCUGAAGUAG